UUAACAUAGGUAACAUCUACUAGCUACUCUAGGCCUGCAUGAUGAUGCUAUCACAGUAGAAUACUUAACCAAAACCAAACAUAAUUAAAUUCACAAAAAGCAUACAUGCUUCGUACCUUGUUCCAAAAUGCCUACCAAACAGGUAAGUUACCGCAAAGAUAAGGCAGUGUUAGUCAAAGUAUAUGUUGAGAAACCUAAGAAAAAGAGGUCAUCAUCAUCAAUUCAACAGCAUCAUCAUCACCAUCAUCACCAUUAUCAUAUACAUCACACUGUUAAACAACAAGGCAUUGAUGGCUCAGCUAGCACAAGUAGCAGUAAAGGAUAUGAUAGAAGAUCAGGGUUGCUUAUGUAUUCACGUCUCCUUCGGAAUUCAACAAAAGGAGGAGCAUCAUCCAUGCCAUUACUCCCUAAGGAUUCUGCAAACAAUAAUAUCCAAACUCCAAUAGUACAGAUGAAUUCUUUAAAGAAGAAGCCGAAGAAUGCAGGAACGCCAGGUUGCUUUGGCAAUUGGAAACUACUAAUUCCAAGCUUCUUAAGACCAUGGUCAAACGACCCAAAAAAGGAGAAAAAGAAGAAGAAAGGAAUCUCAGGAAAUGGAUUUAAAAAAUUGCAGGUAAGUAGAGGAAAAAGUAUCAUUCCCAAAGUGUUUUCGACAUGCAAGUGAGCUUGAACUUCAAUUUUACGGUGGUUGUUCACCUGUCUCAAGGUGUAAUAAUGUCUCAAAUAUAUUUAAGUAAAAAAAUUGUUAAGAUGUGUAAAGAAGAGGAGAAUAGGAGAGCUUAGAGAAUAUUUAAAAGUACUACAGUAAUUAAAAAAAAAAAAAAGGAAAUAAAGAGAGUUAGAGUAUAAAUAUAUCUAUGCAAUAAGUCAAAGAUAAAACCUAUAUAAAUGAAUAGAAGUACAAUAGCAUAUUAUCUGACAGGAAUAUAUAAUGUAGUUAGGUUUAAGUUCUUGUCUUGCAUUCGUGCUGAUUGUUGACAUUGACAAGUUCUUUCAUGUACUUUGCUCAGCAUUUAUGCUGUCAUUUGUGGGUA